UGGCUCUCGUCACUCGGGCAGUCCGUCGGAGCGGGGCCUGAAGAGUGGCGGCGGCUCCAUGGACUCCUCCUCCUCCAAGCUGUACAUCAUCUCGCCCACGGGCCACGCGCCCCCCCUGGGCCACGGCCACGGCCAGCCGCUGGCGCCCCACCACCUGCAGCACCUGCAGCAGCAGCAGCACCCCUACCUGGGCCAGCAGCACGCCCAGCUGCAGCUGCAGAGGGACAAGUACCUCAUGAGCUGGAAGAAGGCCCACGAGGCCUCCACCCUGGACCACCAGCAGACCAGGACGAUGUACCUGACUGACCCGGCGUGUCCUGCUCCUGAGGGGAAGCAGCAUCUCUCCAAGGAGGAGUUCCUCCGCCUGCUCCUGCCCGACAGCCCCUCAGGCCCCGGGGGGAGAUCCAAGUCCACCGCCGUGGGUCAGUCCCCUCACCGCUCGCUGUACCGCACGCUGUCGGACGAGAGCCUGUGCAGCAGCCACCGGAGGGCGCUGUCCCUGGCCAGCUCGCGCAGCUCCAUGCUGGACCAGGCGCUGCCCGCCGACAUCCUGUUCGGCAGCGCCGCCCCCUACCACAGCACGCUGCCCCCGCGCAUGACCCUCCGCAUGGCCGACGGACAGCUCAAGAACGACCUCUGGUACUCGGACGGCUCGCUGGCGGACAAGGCCAAGCUGGCGGAGGCCGGUCUCAUGCCCCUGCCGGACCCUGUUGGGGGGCUGGACUGGUCCCACCUGGUCGAUGCGGCGCGGGCAUUUGAAG